CUUCCGGUAUAUUUCAGCCGUGCUGACCAUAAUCGUAAGAUUCGCCUGGUUGGUUCGCGAAGCGAUCAGGCAGAUCUGACAAUCAACCUCCAGAAUACAUGGAGAACUCCAACCUCAUACCUUAUGCCCCACCAAAAAUGACAUCCCUCGUCAGCCUGCCAGUGGGGCUUAUUAUCCACAUCGUCGCCAACAAUGGCCUCAAAUCACGCGCACUUUACAACACUGCGCUCGUAAACAGGUAUUUCUUUGCCCUGGCGCUUCCGCUUAUCUACCGCGGUGUCAAAUUUCUCUGGACGGGCGAACGGCUAUCCAAGUCAUUCUUCCGAUCCCAGGAAAUCAUCGAGAAAUUCCUCGCACGAGCUCUGCUCCUGCAAUCAAUUGACAUAUCAUGCAGGUAUGAUGGCGCCCCCGGAGAUAUAUUGUUCAGAUACAACAACUCUCUCAUGGACCAGCUGCUGGGAAGACUCAAAUUCAUCGAAGAGCUUCGUGGCUCUAUGUAGGUUGCGUAGAUCUUCACAACUAUACAGAUAAGGGG